AAGUACGUAUACUUAGCUAGCUACUGCAUUAUCAGCGGAUCUCAUCUAGUAAGGAAUGUCUAGUGUAAUCAAGCCCUAGUGGAGAGAGAAUAAAAAGCGGAUCCACUGUAAUUGGGCAGAGAGAUAGAGAGAGAGAGAGCGAAGUGCAGUUGGUAAGUUGCAAGCAGAAGUAUUUGUAGGGUUGUUUGUAUGUAUGUGCGCAGCCCCGACCUCCGCUGGUGCUAGGUUGUGUGGGGGAUUGUGUAUACAGUGCCCCUUUGGCAUGCCAGGUCCCCGGCGCUAGUACACAUGCAACAGCAGUAAUAGCUGUAAAUAGCUGGAAUUCUUAGCUCGUUGAGUGCCGCAUCAAAUGGCCACGAUCAGUCGCAGAUUCCCUGUCGCAUGCGCUGCCGCGCUUCUACCGCAAUUGUUCGCUGCCGUUACUGCUGCAGGCAACCUCAACAGCAGUGUGGGCUUAGGGUCAGGGACCAGUGCUGGGUUCUCGCUCCUCACUUCAGCUACUCUCACUUUACCCACGUUCACACCUUCACCGACACCCCUCGUCACAUCCUCACUCCUCCCCCCGCCCCCUCUCCCAUCUCCACCUCUGCACGACCCCCCAGAAAUGAGUCUUGCCCCUGUAAUCUACCUCAUUGCAGUGCCCGUUGCACUCUGCAUCCUCCUGGUCAUUAUGAUCACCCUCAUUUGCUGCAUCAUCUGCUGCUAUCGACUCCGCAGGAGGAAAAGUCGGCGAAAUAAAAGUGAGAGGUUGAAGACCAGGAGCAGUGGCAGCAGACUGGACCGGUCAAAAUCUCUGGAAGCGUAUGGAGGGCGCAGUUCACACUCCAUGUCCAAGACAGAGGAAGCCACCAAGAGAUAUGAGUUACAGACUCUCGACGGAGAAGGGAACAGAUUCAGUGAGGGGAGUCUUGGCUCACCAACUGCACCCCUCUCCUCCAACAUCCUCCCUGGAGCAAGUCGGAGCCAUGCCGCACCUUGGAGCAGCAGUCCUCAUAUUAACUACACCCAACCGAUGAGCCCCUAUCAUUAUAACCAAUCACCUUACCCGGGGUCCACCCCUCCCCAUCAGCACCCCUUCACCUCGCCACGUCACACCGCACAACUCCACGGGAUCCCCGAAUCUCACGGGGAUGCAAGUCCCCACGAAAAGUACACGGCGAUGACAAAACACGGCAAGACUUCGAGUCUGCCUCAUUCGUACAGCGAAGGAGUUUCUUUUGACCCUGCUUCUGUGUACGACGUUCCAGCCAGUGCUCGAUGGAAGUUUCAAGACCCGAAUAAUCCUCGCAGCGUAUACGACAUCCCAAAAGGUGCUCUCAUUGCAUCAGGUCACUACAAAGUGCCUCCACUUGCCCAGAGUGUUCCACUGGAGGGGGUUUACGACGUGCCCCCAUCGUCAACUGCCAUUUACGACGUCCCACCCGACGUCUAUAAUACUGGUUCGGAGGUGUACGAUGUACCUCCACCCACGGCCACUCGACCGCGCCUCAACUCUCAGCCAACGUCUCAAGAAGAACUGUUAGCAGCGCGCAGAUCUCUGGUUGCAGUCUCCACUGGUCCAGACGCCGCCUUCGCAACAGCUGGUUCCGAUUACAGUCACUACGAUGUACCACGGCAUUUCCUAAUUAGUCAACCCCACAUGAACCACUACCAGCAGCCAGCCAAGAGGCUGUCGCGAAGAAACAGUUACAGUCCGUCUCAAACUGCCAGGGAUAGCUUGGUGUACGAUGUACCAAGGACCGGCGGUCCUCCGACUGCUGUGAAACCUUACAAAAAGAGGAACACGCCCUCUCGAAAUCACUCUAUUGCCUCUCCACCCAACAUGGCGUCACCGGAACGAAGACAAUACCCAAACGAAGUGUUCUACGACGUGCCACCUCUGGACCCAGAAUUUCUAGCCCAACUCGGCCAGACUAGUUCGACCUCGAGCGAGUCCGAUACUUCCCAUCUCACCAAGAACGGGGCUGGUGCUGCCACGCCCACCCAGCGAGGUCAUCAUAUGUCUCCCAGUGGAGCUGACUCAGCAGGGAGAAGCAGAGCGCCCCCGCCAACCAAGAGAAAGCCAGGCAGAAGAGGGGAGAGUGUGAUAAUGUAAAUAAUAGCUCAUCGCACAAUUCCUGAAUGAUGUAUCGUGUAUCUAUAGGUAUAGUAACGUACUCUGUGGUUAAUUAAUUAAUUAAUGACAUUCAGUUGUCUUCCUUUUUAGAGCCCACUCUCUGUUGAAAUGGGAUGUGUAUAUAUAUGUCUGUGUAAUUGUAUUGGUUUUCUGUGUUGCUGUUCAUUUCAGUCAAUCACAAGUUUACAAUACUCCACUUCAGUUUCAACGUAACAUGAACUAGUGUUC